AUGGUUGUUGCAACGAAAUUUGAACUUGAAACGUUUCUGUCGAGGCAUCAGAAAUUUAAAGUCAAGGUAGAAUAUAAUAUAGAGGAACUGAUUGAAAUGAUCACAACUGCGAGAGUGUUAUUCUCGGGUGAAAGUGCCCUGGUAGAAGUGGGCAUACCACUGGUUAUCGUUGGUGAUAUACAUGGACAGUAUACGGAUUUACAAAGGAUAUUCUGCGCAGUUGGUCGACCCGGCAAAACACGUUUCUUAUUUCUUGGAGAUUACGUCGAUCGAGGACCACAAUCGCUCGAAUGUAUCGCGUCACUUGUCGCUUGGAAAAUUGCAUAUCCGAAAAGAGUAUUCCUUCUUCGCGGAAACCAUGAAUUUGCAUCUGUGAAUCGUGAAUACGGUUUCUAUGACGAACUGGCACAACGCUUUAGUGUUGCGCAAGCAAUGCAAAUCUGGAAGGAAUUCAACGAUUUGUUCACAGUGUUUCCAUUCGCAGCACUCGUUAAAGGUCGUAUUCUUUGUAUGCACGGUGGUUUGAGUCCACAUCUCGAGAGCCUUGCUGAUAUUAAAAACAUAAGAAUGCCAAUCGCAGAAUGCUUUGCUGAUACAAUAGAACAAGAUUUGGUAUGGUCAGAUCCGAAAUUAGAUAUGAAAGGAUUCGAACCGAAUAAACUGCGGAAUGUUAGUGUGGCGUUCGGUGAAGAUAUUGUCAAUAAAACAUGUAAAAAACUUGGUUUAGAUCUUAUUGUUCGAGCACAUCAGGUAAUGGAGAACGGCUAUGGAGCGGUGAUGCGCAUAAGUGCUGAUAUGGUGAUAAGCUUCGCAAUACUCAAUCCGGUCAAUCCACAAACGGCCGGAAAGGAGAACUUCCAACGCUCGUUUAAAGACGAUCAACGUUCCUACCGUAUGACUGAGGAACAAAUCGCUGGACAAUAUCAAUAA